AUGCUCUUGUUGUCUAUCAUGCGUCUGUUUCUAGCUUCUGUGGUGGUUUGUGCUGCGCAACCGCUCGAGGCGCGACAAUCGACUAGUUCCUUCACUCUGUAUGCGUACGGAGAAGGCAUCGGCGGACUUCCUAUCUACUACAAAAAUGAACCAUUCUCUAAUGCUUCCACAGUCACCUCUUCCGACAGUUCGUCCAGCACCUGGGUAGCCCAUCCCGGGUCCGACACCACCACCGUGACCAGCUCUGCCCCCUUUACCACCAACUUGAUCUACCUGGCUCAGGGCUCUACAUCCAACCCGGUCAGCUUCACCGGCACCUCUGACGCGGCACGAUCCGGUAAACUCACCGAUGUGUGGUCUUUAUACGGCAAUUAUGUCCUCGUCAGCGUAAGUGGGGCCAACUUUUAUGCCAAAUCGACCGGCACAGAUGGCUUGUAUUCCCUCCUUUGGAGUACUUCGGCGGCCGACAUGACAGACACAAUCUCGCUGACUCUGCGGACCAUCGAACCAGCCACUCAGUCGGUGCUCAGCUAA